UUUUUCCUCUCUCACUUUCUUCAUCUCCACCUUUUUGCUUUGGCUUCUAGACCUUAAGAAAGUUUUACAUCUGCUCUUAAAUUAAUCUUAAUUUAUAUUUCAUAGAUCUCUGUUCAUCAUCAUCUGUGUGUUUAAAAUCUAAAGGGUAGAAGAAAAACUGACUAAUUUAUUAGAAGAUGAUGCAACAGCAAGAUCUAUGGAAUGGUCCUCCUGGAUUCAGACCAAUUGCUGCUUCAAAAUCAGCACCAUGUUCACCAGUAAAACCGGUUCAAAGUGUCUCCAGGACUCGCUCUGAAUCCUUUCAUGUUACUCAUAAGGUUCCUGUUGGUGAUACUCCUUAUGUCCGUGCCAAAAACGUUCAGUUGGUGGAUAAAGAUCCGGAGAAAGCAAUUCCGCUGUUCUGGGCUGCUAUUAACGCUGGAGAUCGAGUUGAUAGCGCUUUGAAAGAUAUGGCGAUUGUUAUGAAACAACAGAACCGGGCUGAAGAAGCCAUUGAAGCUAUUAAGUCUUUGAGGAGUCGAUGUUCUGAUCAAGCACAGGAAUCUCUCGAUAAUAUUCUUUUGGAUCUCUUCAAGAGAUGUGGGAGAUUAGACGAUCAAAUAUCACUGUUGAAACAUAAAUUAUACCUAAUUCAACAAGGUAUGGCGUUUAAUGGAAAGCGUACCAAGACUGCCCGGUCUCAGGGAAAGAAAUUUCAGGUCUCCGUAGAACAAGAGGCAACUCGAUUACUGGGGAACUUGGGAUGGGCGUUUAUGCAGCAAAACAACUAUGUCGAAGCAGAAGACUCUUAUAGACGCGCCCUUUUGAUUGCGACUGAUAAUAACAAGAUGUGCAAUUUGGGGAUAUGUCUGAUGAAACAAGGGAGAAUUGCUGAAGCCAAAGAGACUCUUCGAAGAGUGAGACCAGCAAUGGCAGAUGGACCAAGAGGCGUGGACUCCCAUCUCAAAGCUUUUGAAAGGGCUCAACAAAUGCUCCAAGAUCUUGAAUCAGAAAUGAUGAACAGAGUCGUAGAUAGAGUUGAACAGGGGCGUCUUUUCGAAGCUUUCUUGGGUUCUUCAUCUAUUUGGCAACCUCAGCCUUGCAAAGAGCCUUCUGCGCCUCCAUCUGCAUCCUUGGGUAGAAGUGUUCCAAAAUCACAAAAUGACGGUUUUGGCGAUGAGAAUGUCGAUUCGUUGGCUAGAAGCAGGAAUCAAGUUGUUGCCAAUCAACCACUAUUACAGAAAAUCACAAAACCUGUGAUGGAGAAUAAUCAGUUGGCGGUCAAUAGUUAUGCCAAACCCCCCCAGGUGGCGGUCCAUAAUCCUCUAUUGCCCAAAAGCACAAAACCUGUCGCUGCUGCUGGAGCGCAACCAAAGAACUCUUUCAACGUUGCUGCACCAUCAUUCUAUCACUCAUCACAGAUGCUGACCAAUAAUCCAUCUCUAACUACACAGUAUCUUGAUCCUCUUGGAGGAGGUGGUAUUAAGAGGACCAGGUCCAUCAACAAUGUAAGCCAACCGCAGCUUACCAAGGAUGAAUCUAGGAAACUGCCCACUACUGAAGUUCGCGAGCAAAUUGAACAGAGCAAAACUCGAAGAAGAUCUUUGCCAAUUGAAGAAGAUAAUGAUUUUUCACUGUUGUUGCCGGACAAGGCCUUUGAAGAUGCUAUCCUUGCUGCAGUACUUGGACCCAAUAAUGAAGCUGCAAAGACGGUGGGAAGCAGUAAUAACAAUCCUACGAUGAAAAUCGACAAGAGGCUUCGAGUUUUUCGGGACAUAACACUCUCCAUGAGCCCAAGAGCCUGAAAUUGACCAAUAAGUUAAUAACUCACUGGAAUCAGUCAAAGCUUGAUUUCCAUUAACUAUUUAUUCUCUUUAAAUUUAUCUAGUUCUUAGAAUGGGAGAUGAACUUGUUCUCCUUCGCUCCAGUCCAUCAGCAGUGGUAAGUAGUGAUAGUAGCACUAGAAACUUGAGAGGGACUUGGGCCUUGUAAUGUCAUUGGUAACUUGUUAAGUGCAGUCUGUUUGGUAGGAAGGAGGGUACUUAUUUGAUUUUUGGCCUCCUAAACAAAAAAGGAGGCACCUCAUUAAUAAGAUUCGUGACUUCAGUCUUUGAUUUUUA